GCAGAGGAGAAGGAGCCCGCAGAGCGGAAGCGGGCCCGGGGGCAGAACAAGAGCAGGCCGUGGAUGAAACCCAGCCACUACGAGCAGAGCAGGCUGUGCCCGUCGGUAAUGCAGGGCUGUGCAGAGAAGUGCCGCUUCGGCGCACGGUGCCGCUUCCUUCAUGACAUCGACGAGUACAUGGCCACAAAGCCGGCUGACCUGGGGCGCAGCUGUGUGCUCUUCGAAACCUUCGGCAAGUGUGUUUAUGGCGUCACCUGCCGCUUUGCCCAGGCCCACCUCGGGGAUGGCUACCAGAACAUGGUCAACACGGACCUGGUCAAGCAGUGGGAAGGGAAGUCACUGGUGAGGAACAACCUCUCCAAGGACCUCCAGCACCGGCUGCGCAAGAGGAAGUUUAGCUUCAAGAAGGCUGAUGAGUACCUCCGUGGUCUGACCAAACCCCAUGGCGAUGCUCCCAAACCAGGCACCUUGCAGAGUCCCAUCCCCACAGUUGAUGAGGAGGCUUCCUCCGUCAAAACAGUGGGCCCGGUGACAGAUGAAGAUGUUAUAAAGCUGCGGCCGUGUGAGAAGAAGAAGUUGGAAAUCCAAGGCAAGCUCUACUUGGCUCCACUGACCACGUGCGGUAACCUCCCUUUCCGAAGGAUAUGCAAGCGGUUUGGGGCAGAGGUCACCUGUGGAGAGAUGGCUGUGUGCACAAACCUGCUUCAGGGCCAGUCCUCCGAGUGGGCUCUCCUCAAACGGCAUCCUACCGAAGAUAUUUUUGGGGUGCAGCUGGAGGGAGCGUUUCCAGACACGAUGACCAAAUGUGCAGAGCUCCUGAACCAGACCAUUGAAGUGGACUUUGUAGACAUCAAUGUCGGGUGUCCUAUUGACCUGGUCUACAAGAAGGGAGGAGGCUGUGCUCUGAUGACUCGGUCCAACAAGUUUGAACAGAUUGUCCGAGGGAUGAAUUCGGUGCUGGAUGUCCCACUGACUGUGAAGAUACGGACAGGCGUGCAAGAAAAGAUGAACGUGGCUCAUAAAAUAAUCCCCAGGAUCCGGGAGUGGGGAGCAUCCAUGGUCACGCUUCACGGCCGAUCCAGGGAACAGCGGUACACGAGAGGUGCGGACUGGGACUACAUAGCAGAAUGUGCUAAAAUAGCGAGCCCCAUGCCUCUUUUUGGAAACGGUGAUAUUUUGUCUUACGAAGAUGCUAAUCGAGCCAUGCAGAUGGGCGUUUCAGGAAUUAUGAUUGCAAGAGGGGCGCUCAUCAAACCAUGGCUUUUCACUGAAAUUAAGGAACAGAGACACUGGGAUAUCUCCUCCAGUGAGAGAUUUAGUAUCCUCCAAGACUUCACCAACUAUGGCCUGGAGCACUGGGGGUCGGAUACUCAGGGAGUGGAGAAGACCAGGAAGUUCCUGCUGGAAUGGCUCUCAUUUCUGUGCAGGUACAUUCCAGUUGGUUUAUUAGAAUACCUCCCUCAGAAAAUUAACGAGCGGCCACCUUACUACAUGGGAAGGGACUAUCUGGAGACACUGAUGGCAAGCCAAAACGUGGACGAUUGGAUUAAAAUAAGUGAGCUGCUUCUGGGACCUGUACCUACCAACUUCACCUUCCUGCCUAAACACAAGGCAAAUUCCUACAAAUAG